AUGCCGGAUCCAAGCCAUUUAGCAUGCCACUGCGGCCUCAUCACAGAGCCAACCUCCCUUCUACUCUCGCCAAGUCUACCAAUUGAAUGCAGUAUCUGCCACUGCAACAUCUGCCGCCAUACCACAGGGGCAUUGGGUGCCUGGUACGUGACUCUCAAAGAUCGUCCAAGUGAGGAAUCCAUGAGUAAUGCCGCCAGCUACAAAGCUUCGGAGAAGUAUACGCGGUACUUUUGCAAAGGUUGUGGAUGUAAUGUCUUCGUACGGUCCGAGCGAGAUGGGCGGUGGCUGGCUUGUGCGGGAGUUGUUGAGUUCAGUGGUGCAGAUGACAGCGGAUACAAGAACGUUGCGAAAGUCAUGUUCCACGAGUACAUGGGCGACGCGACAGAUGGAGGGAUCGGCCCAUAUCUCACGCGGCUGGGUGGACGGGAUGUGCCCUGCUACGUGACAGAGCCGCAUCAAGACGCCGGCCCCAUGAAAGAGGGCGAGCUUCUGGAAAUACAGACAAAAACAAACCAAGCACAAUCCUCGUCCCGCGGCGACAUGAUGGAAGUGGCAUGUCACUGCGGCGGUGUACAAUUGCGAAUCGCACCACCACCAUACAGCGAGAGCAGUGAAGGGUGGCACGUUCCCGUGGACCACAGCAAAUACUACGCACGCAUCUGCUGUUGCAGAUCAUGUCGUCUGACCAUUGGCUUCUCCAUGCAGCCGUGGACGUACAUUCCGCCGUCCCAGAUCUUCACGGUCGACGGGAAACCAGUCGUUUUCGGCCCGAAAGCAAAAGAGACUGCGCAGAUGGAGAAACUCAAGCACUACCAGAGCUCGGUGGAUGUCCUCAGGAGCUUCUGCACCACUUGUGGCGCAUCCAUCUUCUACCAGUGUUUCGACCGGCCGUAUAUCAUUGAUGUCAGUGUUGGCGUGGUCCGAUCGAAAUUUGGUAAUGUGCUGGCGCGAGAGUGGUUGGCGUGGGAUCGCGAUCUUGUUAGCAAGCGGAAUGAAGCUGUGGAUGAAGAAUUGGUCGAUGCAUGGCUGAGGAAGUAA